AUGUCUACCUUUGACGAAAAGAAGGAAGCUCAGGCCGAUGCAGACCUCGGAUUCCAAAAUUCUGGGAGUUCGCCUUCGUCCAACAGCAUAGCAGAAACCGUCGGUAUCAACGAGAAAUCUUUACUUCGCAAACUCGACUAUAAGCUGCUGCCGCCCUUGACAAUCUUAUACCUACUGUCGUUUCUGGACCGAAGCAAUGUUGGAAAUGCCAAACUUGAAGGCAUGGCCACCGACGUGGGCAUGACAGGAGACCAAUAUUUGACCGGCUUAACCCUAUACUUUAUCGGCUAUGUUCUCUUCGAGGUUCCCGCGAAUACGGUUUUAAAGUUGGGCACGCCGAAAAUCUGGCUUCCCACUCUCAGCUUGAUCUGGGGCGUGGUCGCAACCUUGAUGGGUAUCAUUCAGAAUUAUCCCGGAUUUUUGGCUUCGCGAUUCUUCUUGGGUGUUGCGGAGAGUGGUCUUUUCCCCGGUGUGGUAUACUAUCUGUCCAUGUGGUAUAAGCGAAAUGAGCAGCAUUAUCGUGUCGCGCUGUUCUUUAGUGCGGCCAGUCUCGCUGGUGCAUUUGGAGGCGUGCUUGCUUGGGGUAUCGCGCACAUGAAGGGAAUCGCAGGACUAAAUGGUUGGCGCUGGAUCUUUAUUCUGGAAGGAAUUUUGACUGUCAUUGUGUCUAUCCUUGCCUACUUCUGGGUGUACGACUAUCCAGCAACUGCCAAAUUCCUUUCCAAAGAAGAACGGGAUUUCAUCCAUUUCCGUCUGAAGAAUGACAAUGAUUCUACGCGGGAUGAGAAAUUCUCGUGGUCUGCUGUGUUUGACGCAUUCAAAGACCCCAAGGUGUGGCUGUAUGGAUUGGGGUUUCAUACUAUGUCAUUGCCGCUCUAUACACUCUCGCUUUUCUUGCCAACCAUUAUCAAAGAUCUCGGUUAUUCCGCCGCUGAAGCACAACUUCUCACUGUCCCCCCAUAUGCCGUAGCAUUCAUCCUGACAAUCACUGUUGCUGUGCUCUCGGAGAAGACAAAUCGUCGAGCACCUUUCAUCAUGGGCUCUUCUGCCCUCGGUUGCAUUGGAUAUAUCAUGCUGCUUUCACAGGACCGGGCCGGCGUGUCCUAUGCCGGUACUAUCUUCGCUGCGGCGGGAAUCUACCCUGCCGUUGCUAUUGUGCUGUCCUGGCCGGCGAACAAUGUAUCAGGCCAGACCAAGCGCUGCAUCGCCAAUGCCAUGCAAAUUUCUAUCGGCAAUCUGGGUGCCGUUAUCGGGACACAGCUUUAUCGCACUGAGAGCAGCCCACGAUACUUUCUUGGACAUGGAUUCGCCCUGGGGUAUCUUGUGGCCAACAUAAUAGUUGUAGCAAUUCUGUGGCGUGUCCUUAGUCGAGAGAAUGCCGAGAAAGAGCAUCUUCGGGAAGCACAGGGACUGAGGCCUUUGAUGGGUGAUGUUGGGGACGCAGAGGGAGAGUUUUUGGGUGACAAGGACCCUCGCUGGGUCUUUCAAUUAUAA